GUACAGACCAGAACAAGAGCCUCAAAGUAAGACUACAAGAUGUGGCACGAUCGUGCGCUUGCGCAGGACCCUGUCCGUUAUACAGCGGCCACGAUGGAGAUGAUGCGGUUGGAAGAUGUGCCAACCCUCCGCUGUGCUGUGAAUUACGCUUGCGAUCACAGCUAUGGUGCCGAGGGAUUUCUUUAUGUGUGCUAAUUUCAAGAUUUUUGGUACUCGUUCGAUGUUCAUAGGAGCAGUUGGUAAGUCCCUCACCGCAUGUUCUUUCCAUCAGUUACUCCUGUUUCAGAUAAUAUUGCUCGGGAACAAGUAUAUGAUCCUACUCAUAAUUUUUUUUCAAAUGUUGACCUGAGCCUCCCCUUCAAGUUCAAAGAUCAGGGACUUCUACGGACAACUCUCUAACUCCAUAUACAAAUGUUGCUCCUCGACCUCCUCGACGUCGAUCACCAGGUCACCUCGCAAACGCAGUUUCGGCUACGUAUUUCGCGAACAAGGAAUGGAUCUCUAAAGACCAAGCGAAAGCUGCUUUCAUACAGGAACAGUCCGAGAAAAAUCCUGAGCUGCAAAGACAAAAACUCUUGAGAAGGGCAGAGAAGAAUUUGGCGCCGCCGUAUUCAAGGAUGCUAUAUUAAUUUUGGAGGUAGAUGAGGAGGUAGAUGAAUGAUGGGAACUCAAACUCAAAGAGUAGCAAAAAUAACAAAAUAGUACCUCGCUCAUAGAGUUUAGGGUAAAGAUGAAGAACCUUGCUCAUAGAGUUUAUGGUAAAGAAGAACUUCUACAUGCUCAAGCGUAUCUAUAAUAUUAUAAGCAUUAAACAGAUACGCUUGGGACGGGAAGGGUACUUUCUAUGGGCAUAAGGAGACGUCCUGUUUCGGCUAUGUUACGGCUAAAGGGAGACAUCGUGCAGAUUUGACAGGUACGAACUUGACACACGACUGGCAAACAGAAGUUCAUGUGUUCACAGAAGAUAUUGAUUAUACUGUAGAACAACUUGUUUAUAUUCGCUUUGAAUGUUGUACUAGACUAGUAUGGAUAUGGAAUCUAGUGCUACUUACUAAAUAGAUACUUACAACAAAUCCAACUUUGCAAACGAAUUUUAAAAGAAAAAUUCACAACUCAUACAUGAUUAUAUGCUUAAUGUCCACAAGCACAACCACACCAUAGGCAUCGACGUUGAAGAUUCCCACUGUAUAUUUCAUGUCCACCACAACCACAUCAUAGGUAUCGACGUUGAAGAUUCCCACCCAGUUUUUCGUUCAAUCGGUCCUGGUCGGCGGCGCCUCCUCAACGACGAGUAUGCACGUCGUUACAAGCCGCUUCCUCACGAUGGCUCUUACUCGCCCCGAAAUUUCAAGAAGUCCGACAAUAACCCUCGAACGGCACUGUACAAGGGAGAUAGAGAUGGAGCAGACAAGAUUGGGCACAUAG